AUGGCCACCGUCGUCGUUCAACACCAGCAGACCCAGCUCCGGCAACCCACUCCGCCGCCCCUCACCCCGGCUCUGACCCUCAAUACUGCGCGCUCCUCCACCCCGGUACCGAACAAACACAUCCCCUUUUGUCCACCAGGGCCCAUCCCAUCGCCCUCGCAAAUCACUCCGCCAAACUCUCCCCCUUCGCGCCAGAACUCGUUAAAGCAGGACUCACUACUCAGUCCGCCCAGCACCUACCCAAAGCUGCUGAAUUCACCUCCCAUCUAUGGCCUUGACGCCAAGUCGCUCGCCAAUGCACUGAAUCAUUUUGCCGCCCAACCUCUGCCAAAUCCGUCACAUGUCUUUCCAUGGCUGCAUGGCUUGCACCCAGAAAACCACAUCCAACUUGCCUUCUUUGUGGCAAGAAAGAGAUCUUUGAGACGGGUGCCAAAAUGCUUACGAGGCAUUACAAUUAUCAAGGCGGGCGGCGAUCUGAGUCGAGGCCGCAUCAAGGGCGCCGUUGCUCCAGACGAAGUCUUCAACCUCUGCGACGACUCUGGUAAAGGUUUCUUGGAUUGUGAUCCCCGAGAUGGCUUUUCCGUGCGCAAUUUCCAUAUUCAGACCACCAAGAUGGCACAAGUGUCAGAUAUUAUUGUAUAUGGCGACGAGACCACCGACCAUCGCAUCAUCAAAUCCGUGGCCGAACGGGCUUCCACCGUGCAGCGCCACUGGCGGAAAGAAAUGGAGGCUUCGGGCCAGACACCAGAGACCUACAGUACCUUUGUGCUUACCGAGCCAUAUCAGGUAUUUGAGGAGGCGUACCCAGAGCUGAUAGCAGUCAAUUCGCGAGGUCGUCACACCGGCGCCGUGCUGGAUUUUCUUCAGCAAGAGCGCAAAGAAAUGUGCGCCAUGUCCAAAGCCUCGGAGAUCAACAAAGGCGUGUUCCAAGGUCCAUCACCUGACGUCAACCUGAUUCCCGAUGCUCUCGAGAACGGUAAUUUAUUUGACUUAUAUAUCGAGGCAAGUGAUCAUGCUGCAAUGCCUGACGAGAAGAUAUUACGAUCCAAGCAGAAGCAGAUGGAUGAGUCAGAUGAUGGCCCUCCGCUUCACCUCUCAUUUCCCAGCUCUGGAAGCAUCCUGCCUCCUUCCUGGUCGCAAACUGAGGUUGAUGGGAUCCUCCUUAUGUGCCGAUGGCUGUACAAUCUGACCCACAACGCCCGUCGAAAGCAAGCCGACCCACUCAAAGACGAAGACGGAGAUAUCCAGAUGUCCGAGUUCAGCCUCCGGCCCCGAAGAGUGCUGCUACAUUGCGCGGACGGGUACACCGAGACUACGCUACUUGCCGUCGCGUACUUUAUGUAUGCAGAAGGCCUUCCUGUCCACGAUGCUUGGGUCAAAUUACAUCGAGACAAGGGCCGCAACUUCUUCGCAUAUCCUUCAGACGUGGCCCUCUUGACAUCGCUACAAGAGAGACUUCUCAAGGAAAGUCCUGCCUUAGAGGGUGCAAAAACGAUGAUACCCAAGCCUCCGGUUUGGCUGGCCAAGCUCGACGGAAGUCUUCCUAGCAGGAUUCUUCCCUACAUGUAUCUCGGGAAUUUGACACAUGCCAACAACCCGGAGCUGUUGAAGCUUCUCGGCAUCACCCGCAUUCUCAGUGUCGGCGAGCCUGUGUCUUGGCCUACCUCGGCGCUCGAGGACUGGGGUCGUGAAAACCUGAUGAUGGUUGACCGUGUUCAAGACAAUGGCAUCGAUGAAUUGUCACAGGAAAUGAGUCGUUGUCUGGAAUUCGUCGAGCGGGGCAAGAGUGACGGCAUGGCAACGCUUGUUCAUUGCAGAGUUGGUGUCAGCAGGUCAGCCACUAUCUGCAUUGCGGAAGUCAUGAAAGAAAUGGGAUUGACCUUCCCAAGAGCCUACUGCUUCGUCCGCGCCCGUCGAUUGAACGUGAUCAUUCAACCUCAUCUCAGGUUUGUGUACGAGUUGAUGAAGUGGGACGAGCAGCAGCGAGAAGCUCGGGGCGAAGACAUCAAGCGAGAUCUCGAAUGGCCAACUGUGGCACGAGAAAUCGCGGCUAUGAACCGCCCCUAUGCAAGGUCUUGA